UACGUCACUCAUCACCGCCGGAAGUUGACUGAGCAUUGAACUGUGGGCGGCUCUUCACCGAGACAUAGGGGCGUCAUGGCCGCGGACGAAGACGAGUUGAACCUUCUGGUUAUCGUAGUUGACACCAACCCGAUUUGGUGGGGAAAGCAAGCAUUAAAGGGAUCUCAGUUCACUUUAUCCAAGUGCAUGGAUGCUGUGAUGGUGCUGGCCAAUUCCCACCUGUUCAUGAACCGCUCUAACCAGCUGGCUGUGAUAGCCAGUCACAUCCAGGAAAGUCGGUUCUUAUACCCGGGGAAGAACGGCAGACUUGGAGACUUCUUCGGAGACCCUGGCAACCCCGUUCCUGACUAUAAUCCCUCUGGGAGUAAAGACGGGAAAUAUGAGCUGUUGACAGCUGCGAAUGAGGUGAUCACUGAGGAGAUCAAAGAUCUGAUGACCAAAAGUGACAUAAAGGGCCAACAAACAGAGACACUUCUGGCAGGAUCCCUCGCUAAAGCUCUUUGCUACAUUCACAGGGUGAACAAGACAGUGAAAGAUAAUCAGGAGAUGAAAUCCAGGAUAUUGGUGAUCAAGGCUGCGGAGGACAGUGCACUGCAGUACAUGAACUUCAUGAACGUCAUCUUCGCCGCUCAGAAGCAGAAUAUUCUCAUUGAUGCCUGUGUCCUAGACUCGGAUUCAGGGCUCCUCCAGCAGGCUUGUGACAUCACAGGGGGACUGUACCUGAAGGUGCCUCAGAUGCCUUCUCUCCUGCAGUACUUACUGUGGGUUUUUCUUCCGGAUCAAGAUCAGCGCUCUCAGCUAAUCCUUCCGCCCCCGAUCCACGUGGACUACAGGGCUGCCUGCUUCUGUCACCGAAGUCUCAUUGAGAUCGGCUAUGUCUGCUCCGUGUGUCUGUCCAUUUUCUGCAAUUUCAGCCCUAUCUGCACCACGUGCGAGACGGCCUUUAAGAUCUCCCUCCCUCCUGUACUGAAGGCGAAGAAGAAGAAGCAGAAGGUGUCCCAGUGAUGAGCCAUGGAAGCUCCUCUCUCACCUCAGGCGGACUCCCAUGGGGAACAUGGAGGAAUUCUUCAAAACAUGGCUCUUGUCCUGUGCUUCUAGGGUGUGGAGCCGAAGUAGACUCCAAACCUCUGGUUUUAUCUGGAAAGGGGACAGGCACAAAGUUAGGGCAUUUUGUUUGUAAUUUGUAGCAGUUGCUUGGCAGAAACUAGCUGCUGCUGUCUCGUUUGUGGUCUCUUUGAUCCUUGGUGCUGGGUUUUGAACCCCAGCCUUGCCUUGCAUGUGCCAGGCCAGCACUCCACCACUGUGUCAGAGCUCAUCACGGUGGAUUCUG